GAGAACGACGAUCAGCACUGGGCGAUUUAGAAGGAAACAGGAAGUUGCUGUAAAGGAAUGAUGAAAUUUGAGAGAAGCAGGAAGUAUACAAGUUAGAGACUGGAGCGAGAAGUAGUUAGAAGUUUAUAGAUAUAACAACAAACGUUCAGAAACACUUAGAUUGAAUUGAGCUUAAAACAUUGUUCUUCAAGUUUCGACUUAGAGUGUGAAAACUAUAUUCAACAGGCUGAGUGCACUAUCGAAGAAGGGAAGGAGUGAGGGACAGAGUCACAGAUUCGAGCUAUAGCGAUGGAGCGCCGAGCGGAGGAAGGGGGGGUGCAGCAAGACCGGGUUAAGAGUCUUCAAAGUGAGGUGGAGGGUGUGAAGAACAUCAUGACCCAGAAUGUUGACCGCAUUCUUGCUCGCGGUGAGAAGUUGGACGAUCUUAUGAACAAAACAGAGGACCUGCAAGCCAGUUCUGAACACUUCAAAACAACCUCGCAGAAGGUGGCUCGCAAGUACUGGUGGAAGAACGUUAAGAUGAUCAUCCUGAUCUGUGUUAUUGUCGGAAUCAUUGUCCUACUCAUCAUCCUUUUUGCCACUGGAGUCAUUCCCACCUAGAUAUGGACAGCUGAUUGUCAAACCACACCCCCAGGCAACUUGCAAUGUACUGUGCUGUACUAAGAUUCUUGGUGUCAUGGAAGGAGCCCCCCUCCCCAUUCUGAUUUCUGUCUCUUUUUCUUUUUCAUAGGCAGUGUAAGUGGGGGUUUUAGUGAGGAGCUCAAUCUGUUUAGGGUACAUUUUUAUCUCCUGGGUAACAAAGGCCUGAAUAACCUGGAAUGCUGACCAAGACUACUGUUUUUUUUUUCCUUUCAUUUUUAUAAUUAAGUUUGACAGCGGUGGGCACACAAACUUGGGAUGAUAGGCUUGGAUAGUCCUCCCCUUUUCAGAAAAAAAUGUCUUAAAAUAAACUUCCUUUUUUUCCUGAAAAGUAUACAUUUCCAGUAGGGAGUCCAUUUUAAGUUUGUUUAGCUAAAUUCUUUACCAGGAGACCAUCUGCAUAUAGCAUUAACUUUGCAGAUUAAAAUGGGUAGAUUAGGGCACCAUUUCCUUAAAUUUAAUUUAUCAGCAUCUCUGGCCAUUGCAUUUCUGUAUACAUAAGGAAACUUUCAUUUGGUUAGGAAUUCUAAGAAAGUUAAGAAGUUUUGAGGUUUUUCUUCUCUGAUCUUACAUGUGUUUUUUUUAUAGCCACUUUAAUGUUUUUCAUUUUCCACCAGUCAAGAAUAUCUGGUCUUACAUCUCAACUGUAUGGUUUCCUUUUAGACUGUUAGGGGGGCUUAAUUCCCUUUCUUGCUGUUAGCCGGCAGUGGUAGGAGUUAAUAAUCAUCAGUUUAGAUUCUCCAGUCGUUAUGAAGGCACUGUGGCAAAUUUGCAUUUGGCUACAUUUUUACUUUGUGCCAUCUACACGUGAUAUUAUUUUAUUGUGCAUACGGUGCAUUUCAUAAGAGUGCAGAUUAAUUGAAAGGCAUUUGUACUUGUAGACCCCCUUGGAGUCCAUCCUGUUGGUCCUGUUUUACAUGUCAUUUGAGCCCUGUAAUUAAUUUAGGGAGAUUUGGUAACCUAUGGUAUUACUUAAGAAUACACAGUUAGAUUCCCAUCCACGCUGUCAUUGUUGCUGAUAAUAUAAACCCCAUAGUGGGGCUGCUGCUUCCUAUUAUUUCUUCCACCUUGGUUAUUAUCUUGUAGUCACAUGAUCAGAUGUAUGUUACCUGAACAAGAAACCCCUAAGGAGAAUCCUGCCUUCCAUGUAUGGUCUGUGGUAUCCUGCUAUAUUUUAUGCUUUCUUAUGUAUGUGUGCAAAGUGUAUUGCAUUCUUAGUAAACAUUUUUAAAAAUCUUGGAAACAAAAAUAACUGUAACAGGAUAAGGUGGAAUGUUGUUCAAGUGCUAUAGGGUGUGUUUUCUUGGGCCAAGUUAAUGGCUGAAACAAGAUACAUCUACUGCAUGGGGGCAGGUUCAAAACAGUAAACACCUUUGCAUUACCUGCGAAGAGAAAUUUAUUGGGUAUUUGUCAGGGUUUCUUAAUAUGGUUCAUAGGUUCAUAGAUUAGUACUAAGCUAUCUGCCCUUGCGAGCCAUUUUAAGCUUAGUCAAUUACCCCAUUGUGAGACUCUAACCUUACACCUUGUGUUUGUAAGGUGAACACCUUAACCAUUAUUAGGCCACCCUCCCAGUGGCUGGUAGCAAAUAGAUAAUCGAACUGCAGAGACGUAGCCACUCCACUACAUUUGUGCUUUGAGUGACAUUUGAAUGAUUCUGUUGUCCACAGAAAAUGAAAACUGUUAUGGUGUCAGAAGAGUGAGCUUAAGUAUACAUUUCUUUGUUGUGCAUCUAGACGCCAUCCCAGACAGCACAGAAUGUAUAUGCAGUGAAAAAAUCCUGACACUUCAGAAAGUGGAAUUCAGCUGAGGGGACAGGCACGUGUUUCACUUCAUGCCUUUAAGAACUUACUUCGGUUUCCACCUCCAUUUCUUUUUCUUGUUGUUGUUCAGCACCCCACUUUCCCCACAACACCAGCUUAUAGCAGUGUGCCAACUCCUAAUAACUUUUCUGGCAAGGAGAUGGAAGAUAGUCCAUUCCUUGCUGUUUUCUGUUAUAUUCAUGUUUCUCAUUUAAGAAAAUCAUUUAGAUAUUGUCAUCUGUUCUUGUUAAGAAACUAUUUAUAUGAAGUGUUGGGCAGUAAAAUGACUCUUUCUGAAGUAUACAGCUAUUUUCAUAAUUUUUUCUGUGUAUAGUAUAUUGUUUGCUUUAUGAAUGUGCAACAUUUCAGUUCCCACUAACUACACUGAAGGGGAAUUUGUGUGUUGUAUACUGUUGCAUUUGUUCAUGAAUGUAGCAUCAUGGAAAUGAAUAGCCAGCUGUAAAAGAUGGUGACACUCCUCCUGUACUCCAAUGUGCCUUAAAACUAUGUAAUAAAAUUAAUAAAUGAGCAACUGAGAACAA